CCCCUCCCUUCUCUUUUGGUUAAAAGACAGCAUUACCUUCCCAAGGAAGAUUUCUUUGUUUAGUUAGAUUAAGACCUGACAUGAAAGUAGAAUAACAGAGGCUUCUAUUUGUGUCCCUGGUUUGCAGGUGCAAAAAUCCCAAACCAGUUCAGAUGUUGCUGUUUCCUCAGUUUGCAGGUCUAUGGAAAUGCAGGAUCUAGCCAGCCCACAUAGCCGUCUAAGUGGUAGUAGUGAAUCCCCUAAUGGUCCAAAACUUGAUAAUUCUCACAUAAAUAAUAAUUCCAUGACACCCAAUGGCACAGAAGGUGACAUGACUCUGCUCAGCACUGCAGACUGGUUGUUAAAUUCUAAUACACAGACCACUGCAGUUAAAACAGAGCCAAUGAGCAGCAGUGAGAUUGCUACUACUACAGCAGACGGAUCUUUAGACAGUUUCUCAGGAUCAGCAAUUGGAAGCAGUGGCUUCAGCCCAAGACAAACUCACCAGUUUUCCCCGCCACAGAUAUACCCUUCCAACAGACCAUACCCACAUAUUCUUCCUACUCCUUCUUCACAAACUAUGGCUGCAUACGGGCAGACUCAGUUUACUACAGGGAUGCAGCAAGCCACAGCUUAUUCAUCAUACCCCCAGCCUGGACAGCCAUAUGGAAUUCCAUCAUAUGGUGCAUUGUGGGCAGGCAUCAAGACAGAAGGUGGAUUGUCACAAACACAGUCACCUGGACAGACAGGCUUUCUAAGCUACGGUGCUAGCUUUGGCACUCCCCAACCAGGACAAGCUCCAUACAGUUACCAGAUGCAAGGGAGCAGUUUCACAACAUCAUCUGGAAUAUAUGCUGGAAAUAAUUCACUCACAAAUUCUAGUGGAUUUAAUAGUUCACAGCAGGAAUAUCCAUCUUACCCCAGCUUUGGCCAGGGUCAAUAUGCACAGUAUUAUAACAGUUCUCCGUAUCCUUCACAUUAUAUGGCAAGCAGCAACACCAGUCCAACAACCCCUUCCUCCAAUGCAACAUACCAGCUACAAGAACCACCAUCUGGCAUUGCAAAUCAAGCAGUUACAGAUCCUACAGCAGCAGAGUACGGUACAAUCCACAGUCCAACGACUCCCAUUAAAGAUUCAGAGGCAGACAGGUUGCGCCGCAGCUCAGAUGGCAAAUCACGUGGCCGAGGCAGAAGGAACAAUAAUCCUUCACCACCACCUGACUCUGAUUUAGAGAGAGUAUUCAUUUGGGAUUUGGAUGAGACAAUCAUCAUUUUCCAUUCCUUGCUUACAGGAUCCUAUGCUAACAGAUAUGGGAGAGAUCCUCCUACUUCUGUUUCACUUGGAUUGAGAAUGGAGGAGAUGAUUUUCAACCUGGCAGAUACACAUUUAUUCUUUAAUGAUUUAGAAGAGUGUGACCAAGUUCACAUUGAUGAUGUUUCAUCAGAUGACAAUGGCCAAGAUUUAAGCACCUAUAACUUCGGAACAGAUGGCUUCCCUGCAGCGGCCACCAGUGCUAAUUUAUGCCUAGCAACGGGUGUGCGUGGAGGAGUGGACUGGAUGAGAAAACUGGCCUUCCGUUACAGACGAGUAAAAGAAAUCUACAACACCUACAAAAAUAAUGUUGGAGGUCUUCUGGGUCCAACAAAGAGAGAAGCUUGGUUGCAACUCAGAGCGGAAAUUGAAGCCCUUACAGAUUCUUGGUUAACACUUGCACUGAAAGCACUCACUCUAAUUCAUUCUAGGACAAAUUGUGUGAAUAUUCUAGUGACGACUACUCAGCUUAUUCCAGCUCUUGCAAAAGUCUUGCUAUAUGGCUUAGGUGUGGUAUUUCCAAUUGAAAAUAUUUACAGUGCAACUAAAAUAGGAAAAGAAAGCUGUUUUGAGCGCAUAAUUCAAAGGUUUGGAAGAAAAGUAGUAUAUGUUGUUAUAGGGGAUGGUGUGGAAGAAGAACAAGGAGCCAAGAAGCAUGCCAUGCCGUUUUGGAGGAUCACAAGCCAUUCUGACCUUAUGGCCCUUCAUCAUGCUUUGGAACUGGAGUACUUAUAGUAGCACUUUGUAAUCCCAGAACUUUCCUCAUGCCUAUGGACAGUGUGCCUAUGUCUUGUAUCAGCACUGGCCUACUGGAGAACUUUGUGAUUUCAUCAUGUUGACGUACAGCUGCAACUGGUCUUAACCUUUGCCCUUCCAGUAAGCGGAGGAGCAUGUCUCUUUCUUCAGUAACAGCUGUUGAUUCUAGUGCUGUGAAUCCAAUGAAAACAAGCCAUGAUGAGAAUGUUUUAACAAUGUGUCCUUAUCACAUUUGCUACAUUGAAAGGUUCAUACCUGUGAAGAGACUGGGGGGGGGCUGCUUUGAGGUUUCUAGACUCUUCAGUGUGGCACACAUACCUUCUUAUACUUCAGCAAACUUGAUUGCACAUCAAAGACUGCGCUUUUUAAAAACAAAAUCCCAUGGAUACAUUUCUUGAAAAAAAAGGUUUACUUUUUUUUAGUUUCUCAUACUAAGGGUACUCUGUAAAUCUUAUUACUUAUUUAUGAACAGACUCUGUUUUGACAUCAUCACGUAAAUGUGGAUAUGUAUGAUAGAUGAAAGGCUAUACUGAGUCGUUGCCUUCUGAUAAUAAAAAAUAUUUUGAUUUUAGCA